AUGUGUAGAUUUUGUAACAAGAAGGGUCAUAGGGAGUUUGAGUGUUUUUCCAAAUUAAAGCAACAAGGGAAUGUGAAUAAGUUUACUUCAACAAGCAAUCAAGGAGGAAAUUCGAAUGGUCAUAAUGGGAAUGGAAAUAACGGAAAUGUUGGCAAAAACAACUCCGGGAAUCAAGGAAAGAAUGUUAAUUCAGGUCGUUUGUUUGUGAUGAGCAAAACGGAAGCUAAAAGGUCUUCUGGCGUUAUCACUGGUAACUUUUCUAUUCAUUCUAUUUCUAAUAAAGCUUUAUUUGAUUCUGGAGCCACCUAUUCUUUUAUUUCUAGUUCUGUUGUGAAACAAUUAGGACUAGUCGAACAAAAUUCGAUUGACUUGCUUAUUAGUUUGCCUACUGGUGAGGUUGUGAGGUGCAUCAAGAUACAUAAGGGUUUACCUUUGAGGAUUGGAGAGACUGAUUUUCUAUCUGAUUUUAUAGAAUUUGAAUUGGGUGACCUUGAUGUCAUUUUGGGAAUAGAUUGUUUAACCACCUAUAAAGCUAAGAUUGAUUAUGAGAUACAGAAGGUUUAUGUAAGGAGUCCUUUGGGAGAGGAAGUGUCUUACAGAGAUUUUGGGAAACCAAAAGGUAUUGGGAUUAUUUCUGCAAUGAAGUUGUCGAAACUUAAGAAAGAUGGGAGCAUGAGAUUGUGCAUUGAUUAUAUGGAGCUGAAAUAA